AUGGUAGGGCCACCAGAUGGGGCAGACUGGAUUUGGUGGCAAAAAUCAAGCAUCUUGUUUCAGACAAUCGAGCUCAUUAGGAGAAGGAACCAAUCCUGUCCCUGUGACUUUGAGCAAAUCAUUUAUUCAAUAUCUGCGGUCUCAUCUCUACAGGGAGACCUGAAAUCGCAGAAGAUGCAGCUUGCAGGCCACUGGCUCCUCCUCCUGGUUGGACUACUGACCUUUGCUCAAGAUGGCCACGGUCAAACCAAAGACCACCAACAGGAGGAUCCAGGCACAGAGGAGGGGUCCCCCAGCCUCAAGAUCACCCCGAGCAACACAGCUUUUGCCUUCAACUUCUACCACCUGAUAGCUUCCCAAAACCCUAGAAGGAACAUCUUCUUUUCCCCGCUGAGCAUCUCUGCCGCCUAUGCCAUGCUGUCCCUGGGGGCCUCCUCAGACACCUGGACCCAGAUCCUCCAGGGUCUGGGCUUCAACCUCACCGAGGUGCAGGAGUCCGACAUCCACCGGGGUUUUCAGCACCUGCUGCACACACUCAACCUCCCCAAUGGCAACCUGGAGACACGCGUAGGCUGUGCCCUUUUCCUGAGCCAGAACCUACAGCUCCUUCCGAGAUUCCUUAAUGACACUGUGGCCUUCUAUAAGUCCAAACUUUUUCGCACCAACUUCCUCGACUCUGAGGGCACAACGCAGCUUAUCAACAAUCAUGUCAAGGAGGAGACUCAAGGGAAGAUUGAAAACUUGGUCAGUGGGCUCAGCACAGAUACGGUGAUGGUGCUGGUGAAUUACAUUUACUUCAAAGGUCAGUGGGAGCAACCAUUUAACCACUUGGAGACCACUCCCCAAGACUUCUUUGUUGAUGACAAUACGGUAGUCAAGGUGCCUAUGAUGUUUCAAGACAAGAAACACCACUGGUACCUUCACGACAGAUACCUGCCCUGCUCGGUGCUCAGGAUGGAUUACAAAGGGAACGCCAGGGCCUUCUUCAUCCUUCCUAACAAAGGGAAAAUGGGGCAGGUGGAAGAGGUCUUGACACCAGAGAUGCUAGCCAGGUGGAACAACUUGCUCCAGAAGAGUUCUUAUUACAGGGAGCUCGAGCUGUAUAUCCCCAAGUUCUCCAUUUCUGACUCCUAUAACUUAGAUGAGGUUCUGCCCCAGCUGGGCAUCCGGGACUUGUUCUCACAGCAGGCCAACCUGUCCGGCAUCACCACACAGGAAAAUCUGCUGGUGUCCAAGAGUUUCCACAAGGCCGUCCUGGACGUUGACGAGGCCGGGACCGAGGCCGCGGCGGCCACCAGCAUCUCUACCGUCUUCCUCUCCUCCAAGCACAACAACAAAGUCCUGAAGUUCAACCGGCCCUUCCUCAUGGUGAUCUUCUCUACGGACACCCAGAGCAUCCUCUUUCUGGGCAAGGUGGUCAACCCCACGAAACCAUAG